AUUAAAUUUACCACACACUGUGAGGGUGUCGGCGAAGAUGUUCGCCUUUGAUGUGGAUAAUAGCAGGUAGAUCUUUGUGAAUUGGUGUGAGGACAAGUUAAAAGGACACUGUCACGAGUCGCUUGGCGGUGUGAUAGAUUAUGACUGGCCGAUGUGGAUGAAUGUUUCCAGUCCGCCAGGAUGGACAACUGGAUCCCAAACCCCAAUGCUAAACCAUUCGUCCCAAAGCGUCAUCCUGCUCUCUUCAAGCGAUCGGCAGCACACUUCAAGCAUGUGGGGCAUCGGCGCAUGAUCUCCAAAAUCUUCCAGGGAGGCCUGAUUAUUGUGUUGGUCAUCACAGUAGUUAUUAACAUCAUGUUCAUACUGGACACUAGCAAGAAACUCAAAGCUGACCCUGUAGCAAAUGACCCUGUCCCUCUGGCUGCUCAAAAAAGUGGAGAUGCUCAAAACUUCCGCAAAAUGGCCCAGUCUCGGUCCCUGUCUAUUGAAGUGACAUCAAGUAAAUCCUCGGCACUGGUAGCAGUGGAUGGGACAGCUGUUUUACAAGAAGAUGAGCUCAAUAAAAAUCGUGGUAUCCAUGUGGUGGUGUUAAAUCAAGCAACGGGCAGUGUAAUGGCCAAGAGAGUGUUUGACACAUACAACAAGCAGGAAGAUGAAGCCAUGGUUAUGUUCCUCAAAAUGGUCUCAAAUGGGAGGAUUCUUAUAUUUGCUAUUAAGGAUGAAGGUACCUUUCAACUGAAGGAUAUAGGACGCAAGACUCUCCGAGAUCUAGGCAGUGAUAAAGCAGAUAUUUUAGGCUGGAGAGAUAUGUGGGCCUUCGUCACCAUUAAUGGAGGUAAAAAAGUGGCUGAAGAUUACAGCAAAUCAGCAUCAUUGAACACCUGGGCAGAAAGUGUGGUUCUUAGAACUGAGCUGCCUUUGGCAGAUGCUGAAGACAGCCAGUGUGAUUGGCCUGCCUCAGAUGCUAACUCUAGGAGGAAGGUGUUUUGCAACAAGGUGGAGGGCUAUGGCAAUGUAUGCAGCUGCACUGACCCAGCUCCCAUAACUUUUACCCCAGACAAGUUGGAAACUGACAAUAUGGGCAAUGUCCCUAUUGCGGUAAUAGCCAGUGACCGGCCCCAUUAUCUUUACAGAAUGUUGAAAUCUCUUCUGACUACAGCUGGCUGUAACCCAGAUCUGGUCACAGUUUAUAUUGAUGGCUAUUUUGAGGAACCUUUGGAAGUGACAAAGCUCUUUGGCCUGCGGGGUAUUCAGCACACACCCAUAGGCCUGAAGAAUGCACGAAUCUCACAGCAUUAUAAAGCUAGUUUGACAGCUACAUUUAACCUUUACCCUACUGCACAAUAUGCUAUUGUGAUUGAGGAAGAUCUGGAUGUUUCUCCAGAUUUUCUAAAUUAUUUCAGUCAACUGCUUCACCUGUUGGAUGAAGAUGAAAGUCUGUAUUGCAUAUCAGCCUGGAAUGAUCAGGGCUAUGAACAUUCAUGUAAGGACCCAUCAUUGCUGUACCGUGUAGAAACCAUGCCAGGCCUGGGCUGGCUGCUCAAGAGAAAACUUUACAAAGAGGAGUUGGAGCCAAACUGGCCCACACCUGAGAGGCAGUGGGAUUGGGAUAUGUGGAUGAGGACUAACUUUGUGAGGAAAGACCGGGAAUGUAUCAUACCUGAUGUCUCAAGAACAUACCACUUUGGAUCAAAAGGCCUCAACAUGAACCCAUACUUCCAAGAACUCUAUUUCAAGAAACACAGGUUACAGUCGUUACCAAAUGUCAGGUUAAAAGACGUCAACAGGAUGAAGAAGGCAGAGUAUGAGGUGAUGGUGAGGGAAAGGAUACAGUCAGCUUCUCCCUUAGAUCAUUCCAAACCUCUGUGUGAUGAAACCUUUGUACCUGAUACACAGGAUCAAACAUUUGUGAUAUAUAUCCAGAUGAACAAUACAACGGAUUUCACUACGUGGAAUCAGCUGGCAUCAUGUUUUCAUUUAUGGGACCUUGAUGUCCGUGGCUUUCAUAGUAGUAUGUGGAGGCUGUUAAAAAAUAACCAUGUAUUUAUAGUCGGAGUUCCUGCCUCACCAUACAGUGAGUACAAGCCUGGUUCUGUCCAACCCAUCUUCAUGAGUCCACCAGAGAAGAAAUCGUAGCAAAUUGCUGUAGAUGUUAUUACCUUCCUUAUGUUGGACCAUGAAAAUAUGGUGCUUGAUUACUAAGCAUGGUCUGGUUGAACAGCAUGUAGAUUUUCUACGCAUUAAUUUUAUACUGUGUCUGGCCAUAUAAUGGUGAAACUGUUGUUAUUCUAACCUGAAGUUGUGCUUGGCAUGGUGUGAUCCAGGGAUAUUAAAUGCAGUAGGAUGCUUACUGAUGAGCUUUUAGUUCAUACACCAGCUUCACAUUGUCAGAAAUUUAUGCGGUUAUGUAAUUUUAAAGGUCUGUAUCUUUAACAAGAUCAAUUAAUUGGUGCAUGAAUUGUUUAAGGUAAAUUAAGGAUGUUUCAGUGCCAUCCUUUUUUUAAACGAGUUGUAUUGUUGAAUAGCACAGACAUCAGAAAUGUUAGUUAGUGUGCUGUGGAAACAACCUUUUAACUACACUGGCAAAUGUAGUAAAUUUGCCUGCAAUGAGCGUAUGUCUUCUGAUGUGUUCAGACUCUGUUAAAUUGGUGUCAUAUGUGCCAUAUUGUUUUUCAUGCAUGAGUGUGCAAGGGCCAAUGGUUGCUUUUUGAGGUUAGUCAAUGACAACUGCUUCGAAACAUAAUGGUGUAACAGUACCAGUGUUUUAGGCAAACAUUUAGUCUGUGUGUGUAAUAGAAUUUCAAUUCCAUUUUAUGAGUUUAUUAUUGAAUAUAGCAUAUCUUAUUGAAAACAUAAUAUAUAUAUGUAUAUACAACAUAUUCUUUUUUUUUUGCAUUUUUAUGUAUGUUUUUUGCUCAAGAUGCAUAAUUUACUUUUUCAAUGCCUGUACAUGUGACAUAUAUUUUGGCCCUUGUAUAAAUCUUCAACGCAUAGUGUUACAAUCAGUUUUACAGGCUAUUUGUCAUGUGUGGGUUGAAUGCAACCCUUCAAUUGAGAUUUUUAAAUAAUGCAUGCAUGGUAGUCUGUGCACAGUAGUUUCAGUCAAAUGAAAUCAACCCUUUUUUUGUCAUGAGUAUUCUCACUUAUCUAUUACUGUGUUCUAAGUCCUAAUACAUGCCACUUUGGGUUGUGAAAAAAACAGAGUGUUAAGAUGUGCUUUGUGAUCUCUGGUGUUAUGAAAGUGACAGAGCACUUCUUAAAAUAUUUUAUGGACAGGUGAAAAGAGUGAGAUUUUGUUUGCCUGUCUACACUUUUAUUGUAUAAUGUUUUAUUAUUGGCCUAUGAUGUUUGGUUUUGGCAUUUAUUUGUAGUCCAUUUUUGUACAAGUGCCAUCUUGAAAAGUUUAUUUCUUGAGCUGUUUCAUUCUGUGAAACAUGUGAUCUGCAUUGUGUUCUUUUUAGAGCAACAAACUGAUCUAGAUUUUCAAGUCAAUCAUUCAUUCACAUAUCAUUUUUAGAAAAUUGUCUGAUUUGCAGAAUAUUUCCAACCACCGCCAAUAAUACAUUGAUCUGCUGAUGAUUGACAAGUCUUCUAAUAAUGUUAAAUCCUAAUGUUAGAUUCAUUAGGUUUUUCCCAUGUAAUUUUUAGCAUCUCUUCAUUCUCUUAAGAGCUCUGUUGUUGAUAUCUGUUGAUAUCAAAUGUUGGUGGUGAGUGUCUUGAAAGUGUGAACUUCAGUCCUAACCAGGGUGGUUGAUUACAUCUAAGUGAUGUCAGUGCGACAAAAUAAAUUUUAGAAAAUUGUUAUUAGGAGAAUUGUGACUUUACCUAGUCCUUUUAAUUGUGUAAUCUUUUUGAGUAACUAAAUACUUUUUACUCUUAUAAACAUAAUACAUUUAUUACUACUACAUGUACAUGUGUAUGUUGUAUUAGGUGCAGUUGCAUUUUGAAUUACAUGGCAUUCUUGAAAAUUUAUCAGAGAAUAAACUUGUAAAAAAUUUUUUUUUAGACAUGAAUUUUAAGAUCUACAGAAUAUUAGCAGAUUUUGGAAGGCACACGAUAAAUUUUGACAGGGCUUAGAGAUUUUAGCAAUGUACAGUAUGUGUACGACUUUUUAUUUGCGGGGAUUUCAAAUGCCAAAUUUAACUCUUGUUACCUAUGAUUUGCAGGUGACCACAACCUAUAGUAACUAUCAUGAACUAAUGCAUCUUGAUUUCAUGCAUU